AUGUCAGGAUUACGUGUAUUAGUGGGCGUCAAAAGAGUCGUAGACUAUGCAGUCAAAAUACGAGUCGUAGGAGGCAAAGUAGAAACAGCCAAUGUCAAACAUUCAAUGAACCCAUUCGACGAAAUCGCUAUUGAAGAAGCUGUGCGCUUAAAGGAGAAGAAGGUUGCUGACGAGGUUAUUGCCGUUACCGUGGGACCCACUAAAGCUCAAGAAACUCUGAGGACUUCGUUGGCUAUGGGUGUUGAUAGGGCAAUGCAUGUCGAGGUUCCGGAGGGUACUGAUGUCCAACCACUCCAAGUCGCAAAACUACUCAAAGCAAUCGUCGACAAGGAAAAGGCAAACCUCGUCAUCUUAGGCAAACAGGCCAUUGAUGACGAUUCAAAUCAAACUGGUCAAAUGCUAGCUGGCCUACUAGGAUGGCCACAAGCCACAUUCGCAUCAAAGAUUGAAUUCUCAGAAGCCGGUAAAAAGAUGACAGUUACACGUGAAGUCGACGGUGGACUGGAAACUAUUUCUGUUCAGACUCCUGCUGUUGUUACUGCUGAUCUGAGGUUGAACGAACCACGAUAUGCCACACUACCAAACAUCAUGAAGGCCAAAAAGAAACCAUUGGUCAAGACAACUGCCGCUGACUUGGGAGUAGAUGUUACUCCUAGAAUUGAAGUGUUGGAAGUAUUCGAACCUGCCAAACGACAAGGUGGGAAGAAAGUGGAGACUGUUGACGAGCUCGUGGAUAAGUUGAAGAAUGAAGCCAAAGUGUUGUAA